CAACUGAGCUGGUCAGCCAUGGCUUCCACUCUUCCCUCCUUCUCUCUCUCAUCUUCUGCCCAUAGUGCGGUACAACUGAGAGUGGAAAACACAGUGGCUUCUUCCAACUGCUUCUUCAGAACGCAGGUGAUUUCAGGGGUGCAAAGGAAUGGGAAAGGUCGGAGCGUGUGGCGGCGAAGGAAACUGACAAAGAAGGAUGACAUGUUGCGAUACGGAAUGGACAGAGUUCCUUUUCUGGAGGAACAGGUUCGGAAGGUCAAGGAUGGAGGACAGCUCAUGGGAAUGGACAUUGAGAGACUACUACUCUCAGAGGACAACCGGUUUGAUUUUGUGAAUGAAAUUGCGGCUGAGGCCAACGAGUAUGUUGAGAACAACCGAGAUGAAUAUGGGGGUAAGAAGAAAGCUAUCCUUCAGGUGCUAAGUAACCGUGUGAAUGAUGCUGGGUUUUAUAGACCGGAAGCAUAUGAAGAAUCUGACCCCUUCCAACCAGGGCCAUCGUAUUUGAAAGAAUUUUAUACUUGAUUUUGUGUUGUGCAUGUUGUAAUGGUACUUUAGACGGUAUUGUUUUACGGUAUCUUUUUUGCAAUAUUUUUCUUCUCCCUGUUACACUUACUUGGAAAUUGGUGAAGAAAAAUGAAUUUGAGAUCAUGAACAUCUUUCCUAGCAUUUACAGUUAUUCGAUUAAACCAGUAGGUU